AUGCUGCAUCACGAUUUGGGUGUGAUAUUCUGCCAUGUUUUCCCGUUGAAAUUGAGGCAAGUUGACUGGAAAAAUACUUCUUUGCACCCAGUGUAUGAACCAAACAGUCAAGUACUUGAGUUGUGUCUUUUACAUCAGGAUAAGCAGAAUUCCUACAGGGUUCUGGAGAUCGAAAUUGAAGCAUUGAUGAAACUAGACUCCAUCACCAAGGCUAUUAUGGAGAAACAUGCAGAAUUCCUACUGGAUUAUGACCCUCCAGAAGAACAUGAGGAGGUCAAAAGCAUUUGCAAAUUUAAACGCCUCGCAGAAGUUGAAAGAGAGUGCAAGCCUAUUUUGUCUGUGUCAUCUAAAAUGAAGCUUGGAAAUGAUAAAAUAUAUGGUAUAUCUAAAGAUCUCUCUUUUCAGAAUGGAGACUGGGUGCAAGAAGCUGGUAGUGUGCCACUGAUGCCAUUUGAUGAGAGUGAUAUGCCAAAGAACUUCUCUGGUUCCACGCUGAAACUAGCUUCAUCAUUCUGGUUAAUGGGCAUGGAUUUUGACCGGCAAGCAGAUGAUGUACUGGGUAUUUGUGGAAUCUUAUCCAUGGCAAUUACACGGAACAGGACUCUUUCGGACAUUCCACAAAGAUGGUCUCCUUGGUUCCAUACAAGCCAUGGCUACUCUGAUUCGACAAUCGUUUUUGAAGGACUCUACGUUGAGGAAGCCAAAGGAGGAGACCGCCUGAUGUGUCUAUUAGGGACUUCAGUGUCUCCAUUUUCAGAAAGUUCGGUAGAUCCCUAUGAAUUGUCCUCGAAAUACAGCUGCAAGAAAAGUUUUGAGCAUUCUUUCAUGAAGGAUGAUCGGAUAGUGCUUGUUCUUCGAUACCCUCAGAUCUUCAGUUUGACUAGCAGAGCGAUUCUUGGUGAGAUGAGAAGUCUAAAUAAGAAGUCAGAUCCUAAAUAUUUCGACAAGGUCCAAAUUUCUUCACAGCUGAGCUAUGACUUGAAGUAUCAUUUUGUAUCUGAGCAACUUGCAUCUAGAGCUUGCAAUCCAUAUUCAUGUCAUGAACUUCCUGACAACAACAGAAUCCGAGUCCACAAAGCGUCAGAGUUUUGUAAAGUUCUUAAAAAAUUUGGUUCUGAAACAUUUGACGUUGACUCGAAUCUAGGACCAUUUGUCCGUGACUGGGAGACUGAAGGCAAGAAAGCUAUGUCCAAGAAGUUUAAGCUCUUAAUUACAGAUUUGCAUUGCUUACCAGAAACCAAUUCCCCUAAGACUGCACAAAUUUCUGCUGUUUUCAGAGCGCUCUCUCCUUCAGAAGAUCGCUUGUAUUCAGGAGCAAGAACCGGUCUUUCUGGAAUGACGAUUUCUGCUGAAGGAACAUGGAGUUCUUCCACUGGUAAACUCUGCAUGGUUGGUUGCAUUGGACUAGAGAAUGAUGCUAAUGGAUGUGAUUCGCGAAUAUGCUUGUACUUACCAGGCACAUUUUCAAUCACUCAACGAAAUAUUCUCACCGGAACCAUCUCUAGCAUAAAAGAAACCUAUGUUCCUUUACGGUUUAAAAAGGAACUCCGUCCUCUGGACAUCUGGAACAGGAAAAUAAUCCACAGAUUUGCAGGCAUUGAAGACGACAGAAACUUAACACUCCUCUCUUCUUUAUCUGAUGAGCUUUCUUUCCAGGUUAAAGCUCUUCCACAUGCGAUGUGGAACAAACUAUCUCCAAAACGUUUAUGA